AUGUUGGUUCUCCACUCCUCCUGCGGCAAAUGCUGCUUCGGAUUAAUCGGCCCCCAGAUAGCAAGGUUUUCCACCACGACUCAGAGACUGAGUCCUUUGGGAAGAUCCAAUGCCAAAGUGAAUCACUACGACGUUCUGGGUCUGCCUCUAUCUGCCACCGAAAAGGAGAUCAAGAGGAAGUUCAGGGAGCUGAGCAAACAGUACCAUCCAGAUUUACAAAAUUCCCGCGACUUGACAGCUUCUGAGAAGGAGGAGAAUAAGGAGAAGUUUGUUCAGAUUGUGGACAGUUACGAAGUCUUGAGCGACAAAAUUGCGAAAAAAGAGUUUGACACCAAGUUCAAGACCGAAGACAUGGUGGCCCAGGACAUGCAGCAACGACGUGCUCGUUUCAACGAGCAAUACUUUGGUUCCUCGACAACAUAUACUAACAGACCAUCUGGGCUGAACACAAGUCGAAAUAGAGUCUAUUAUGGAGAAGGAGUGAAGUACAGAGGGAAGUCGUACUUCGGAGGUCACCAUAAGAAUACCUCCAACUACGAUGUGCCGCAUUUCGAUUACGACUGGCAUUUGGCCAAAAACAUCAAGGCAGAUCGCAGAUUGCAAUUAUCAAAGGCGUACAAUGGUGGCGAUCUGAGGGAACAUCACCAGGUGACGAGGUCGAUCAAGAACGGGAUCAAGAGGGACCUUUCUGAUUCUGGGCCUCCCACCAGAGCGGAGGCGUACCCUGGCAACAGAAAUGAGGACAUCCCUUCAGGCAGUAAGAUCAUCUAUCUGGUCUUGGGAGUGGGCAUGUUCGUUGGCUCUGCGUCGGUGUUAUCUAGACCUUCUCAGAAAGAGGUUCCCAAGAUGAUCAAGACCAGCUAUACACCUCCACCUGUGGUGGCUCCAAAAGGCGAAGCUCAGCAAAACCGAGCUUUUGAGGACAGGAGCCAGAAGUCUGCAUCUUCAAAAUCCUCGGAUAUCAGCACAUUAUUGUUACGGAGUGCAACGCGCGGUACCAGUCGAAGUCAGGACUCGCUCCAUCAAGACUAA